GGCUGACAGUGCCCGCUUGGUGGACCCACCAGCAUCCCUCCAGCUCCUUGUCACCCCACAGGUUGCCAUCCCCCCAGCGCAGCCACAGCGCCCCAAACUGCAGCUGUGUGCCCUCCCCACCGUAGUGCUGCGGGACAACUUCCGCCUGCAGCCGAGUGAUUUGGUGACCAUGGCGGGGCAAGCCUUGGAGCUGGAUUGCGUCCCCCCCUCGGGGCACCCUGAACCCCGUGUCACCUGGAAGAAGGACGGGGUGACCUUGGACUUGGUCGGUGACAGGUAUGUGGUCACCAACGGGAAGUUGCGGGUGGCACCUGCACAACGGAGCGACUCUGGGCUCUACAUCUGUGUGGCAGCCAACGCAGCAGGCAAGAGAGAGAGCCGGGGUGCCCGCGUCUCCGUCCUGGAGAAGCCGACCAUUGUGCGGCAUCCAAGCGAUACUGUGGUGGUGGCUGGCAGCACUGUGGAUCUGAGCUGCAGCGCCCAAGGUGACCCAGUGCCACGGGUACAGUGGCACAAGGAGCGUGGGGACCUGCCCUGGGGCAGGCACGAGGUGGACCGGGAGCACACUUUGCGCAUCUAUGCCGUAACACCUGCUGACGCCGGCACCUACGUGUGUACAGCGCAGAGCCAGCUGGGUACUGCCGCCGCCACCGCCCUUCUCCAUGUGGAGGAGCAGCUGCUGACGGGCCGGAGGGACACUGCACCACGGGACCUGCUGGCUGUGCGGCUGCACCUGGACAAUGGCACCGCGCUGCCCACUGCUGCUGUCCGGCUCCGCUGGCAGAUGCUGAUGCCGGUGCCUGUGUCGGUGGGCUACGUGGUGCUGUACCGCAGCCUUCUCCCAGCCACCACCUCCUGGGUCCAGCAUGAUGCAGGCAAGGAGCUCAGCACUGUCAUCCCUGCGCUCCGCAGGGGCUACAAGUAUGAGUUCAAGGUCCGACCCUACACUGGAGGGACCCAGGGCUUGGAUAGCAACAGCAGGCACCUCUGGAUACCUGAGGAAGUGCCAAGUGCAGCACCCCAGCAUGUUUCCGUGGGUCAGGCUGAGACAGGGAACGGCACGGUGGUCGUGAGCUGGGAACCACCUCCUCCUGAGGCCCACAAUGGCAUUAUCCAGGGCUACCAGGUCUGGUCAAUGGGCGAGGGCUGGCAGCGCCCCACCAACAGGACAGUGGACGGAGGCACUCACCGCCUAGAAACCUUCCUGCCAAACCCUGGGGCCGAGUUCUGUGUCCAGGUGGCAGCUUUCAACGGUGCAGGGCUGGGAGUGCCCAGCAAUGCCACCUGCCGUGUCCUGGGGCUGACAUCAGGGAGCAGCCGAGUGAUCCAGGCACUGCAGCAGCCUGCUGUCAUCGCGGCCGCCGGCUCCAUGCUCUGGUUGGCCUUACUCGCCCUCCUCCUUCUCCUCUGCCAGCGUCGUGCCAGCCAGGAUGCUGCAGCUCGCCGCAG